UCCGUAUCGAACUAUCGACACUAGUCGGUGACCUCAAUUAUGGAUCCAAGCUACCGAAAUGCGGGGGGUGAAGGAAGAAGGGUUUCAUCGGGUCCGGAUUUCCGUCCCUUUGUGCUGGUCAGCUUCUGCAAGCUGUUUUUGGGUUUGGGGGGGAUUCCAAGGAAUGACGGUCAACGGUGAACCGGGUUUUGGUCUCUUCCAUUAUCAUUCGAGAUGAUUGAC